AUGGAAUUGCAGAGUCUGAUAACUGGAUUGAUUUGCAACAAACCAGAAGAUCCAAUUGGAUUCUUGGGAAAUUCCCUUGAUAAGGUACGCCAAAAUCCAAGUUUUGAAUACAAAUGGGAUUCAUUUGUUGACAAUAAAGUGCUUCGAGAAUAUGAUAAACCGGUCAAAUCUGGUUUGAAAGUUGCACCAACUGAAAAGUCUGAAAAAGCAAAAAAAGGAGCAAAAUCAAAGACUCGGACGUCAGGUGUUAAACAAGCUAAAAGAGUUAAUCUUAAUAGGUCGGUUGCUUCUACGGUUGCUACCAGUGAUAGAUCUUCACUUCGACCAUCAUCCGCUAUGCAUGCUGCUGAAAUGGCGUCAAUACCGGAUGUACCGAUUAUUUUAUUUAUGGGCGGUCCAGGAGGUGGCAAAACACGGCAUGCAGCUCGAGUGCAGGAAGCUUUAAAUAAAUUUGGUCUUGUGCAUAUUUGCAUGCCUGAUAUGAUUCGUGCAGCGAUCUCGAAAUACCAGAACACUGAUUUAGAAUGGAAGGAAGCAGCAGAACGAUAUCAACGAGGUGAAUUGAUACCGAAUAAUUUGGCGCUUGGACUUGUUAAAGCUGAAAUGAGUAAGCAUCAAAAUGCAAAAGCUUUCUUCCUUGAAGGUUUUCCACGUGAAGCACGUCAGGUUGAAAAUUUCGAACGCGAAGUAAGACCUAUAAACAUGGCAAUGAUUUUGGAUUACGAUGAAAAUACGCUACGGAAUCAUAUGGAAAGUCGUGGAUUAAAUGUCGAAGUGAUUGAUGCCAAAAUUCGUGAAUUCAAGCUUAAAACUUUACCAAGUGCCAAAUAUUUUGAUGAUCAACGAUUGUUACAUUUGAUACCUGGUGAACAAAGCGAUCAAUGGAUUUUUGAACGGAUGAAAUUGCUGAUUCAACGUGCAAUGGAACUUGGAAUUCCCGUUACAACCUCAAAAGUAGCUUCACGAACAGGAUCACCACUGCAACGACUUGAUUCGGUUACUACUGUAACACAAGCUGCAGCAAUUGUAGAAGCUGCAGUAGCCAAUGCAGAAAUUUCUGAAAAUCAAUCACGUCCGGCGACAAAAACAGAAAUAAAAGGAAAUGAAAAAAUAGAAGAUGAAAGGCCGAUCAGUAUUACAGGAGCAGAAACAAAUACUACAACAAAAUUACCUGAGAAGAUCACACCAGAAAUGACAUCCGAAAAAGACAAGCCACCAACGGCGUCAAAACGUGAAGUUUCAGAAAAAGAUAAACCAUCAACGGCAUCAAAACGUGAAGUUUCAAAAAAAGACAAGCCAUCAACGGCGUCAAAACGUGAAGUUUCAGAAAAAGAUAAGCCAUCAACGGCGUCAAAACGUGAACUUUCAUCUGAAGAAAAUGCGAGUGAUGAAUCAAAAUCUAGAGAAGCGAAAGAUGAUUCUGCGAUAAAGCCAGAUACUAAUAUAUCACAAGUAUCAGAAGCAAUCAAUGAAACUGCAGCACAAUCAACACCAACAAGCCCAAUUACGACAAAUAAUGGACCAAAUGUAGAAAGAUCAUCACAAUCAUCGAAGCAGUCAACCAGAUCAGGUAAUAAAAAGGCGUCAGGCAAAAUUCACAGGAUAGUUUCGCAAACUUCAAAAUCAUCUGAAAUAUCACGUCAAUCUGUAAAUAGCGCCAAGAGUGAACGCCAAUCAUUGUAUAGUGUGAAAAGUGAAACCCAACAAGCUACUGAUGAAUCAGCAACCUAUUCGGAUAACCGUUUUCCAUUCGGUCUACCCAAUAAUGCAUCAGUUAUUAUUAUUGUUGGUCCUCCAGGCUCUAAUAAAGCGGAAAUUUCAAAAUAUCUAGCCAACCGAUACGAUGGUUUCAUGUAUCUUAGUAUGGGUGAUUUGCUUAGAAAAGAAAUACAAGCAAAUAUUGAUGAUCAAUUGUGGCAGAGAAUUGAGCAGAAAAUGAAUGCUGGUGAACCCGUGCCUACGAAAAUCUGUCGUGAAUUGCUUUAUUCAAAAAUUUACGAUGAGAAUAAUGAUUGCAACGGUUAUGUUAUUGAAGGUUAUCCGCGGACAAAAAAACAAGCUAUCGAUUUUGAAAAUCAGAUUGAUCGACUUACUUUAGUAAUUUUGAUCGAUUGCACUGAAGAAUUUUGUAUUGAAACCAUUGAGAAACGCAGCAAAGAUCAAAUGACAGCCAGGGAAAACGAUAAUGCGAAAGCAAUAAAUUCUCGCUUACAAAUGUUCAAACAAAAUGCAUUACCAAUGCUAAAAUAUUUCGAUGAAAAAGGAAAACUUAAAGUGUUUGACGGCGACAACAAUCUUGAAAAGAUUUUUGAGGAAAUUGUUGAAGAACUCGAUAGCAUUAUUUCCAGCAAAGAACAAGAAGACGAGGGAAACCGGCCAUUAUCGGAAGAAUCAAGUAAGAGAACUGCUGGAUAG